AUGUCUUAUAAACAGUCCACUUUCUUCAUCUGGUCCAUAGACAUGAGCUUGACGCCCUGUUUCUCAUGGAGUUUCUGUGCUAGUUUGACCAAAUCUGGUGACAUUCAGCCGGAUGAAAUCAAGCGGCAUCUCUCUCAGAUGUCAAACAGUAACUUGUCCUCGGCUGAAGGAAGUACUGCACGUUGUCUAGAUGAUGGAUGCUCUGUGAAAGAUGCUAGUGUUGACAAGGCACCUCACCAAGACGGACCAUCCUCAACUGCCAGCAAGCAGACUGAUACAGAGGACAGACAGUCUGUUGUGAUCCAGAAUCAAGAAUCUUCACAAUGUGGACAGUCUGUGGUGAGCCAGAAUCAAGAACCUUCACAAUGUGGACAGUCUGUGGUGUGCCAGACUCAAGACCCUACACAGUGUGGACAGUCUGUGGUGAGCCAGACUCAAGACCCUUCACAAUGUGGACAGUCCUCCGCUGGUAGAGUAAAUGACUAUGUAGAGGAAGGACAGUCUUUGGCAAAUGGCAAGCCAGCUUGUUCUCCAACUGACCAGGGUUCAGAGGACGAGGUAGUGACUAUAGCUGUAGAUUCUGCUAGCACCACCUGUGAUGUUCCACAGACCUCAAAAUCUGUGACUGGUCCGGAGAAAUUGGGAAGUGCAAACGCAGGGUCUGUGAUAACUAAAGAUGAAGAUAGUUGUAAGGAUAGCAUUAUGGCUGGUGAUAUUGAGAGGGCUCUUCAGAAUGGUAAAAGCCAGAGUGGAGAUGUUGUUCCUGAAAGUAUUGAAGAAGAGUCAGUGAACUUGAUAGAAGAUACCGUGGAGACCGGCAGUGAGAGAUCCACAAGGUCACUGAGAACUAGAGCAGGGAGAAAUCGGGCAGAUGGUUUGACCACAAGCAAAUCAAGGCCUUCUCGAAGGAGUUCGAGCAGAAAUAAUGACCCUGUUAUUGAAGUAUCAUGUUCAGAUGUGGAGGAGCCUGUAGCUUGUGAUGAAACAAACUCUCAGCAGGAGAAACAGAAAUCAAGAGAUGAAAUACAGGGAUUCUCUCUUGUACACAGUCAGGCUUCGACAGACCCAGCCUCUGUGCCCUUGGUAAGUGAUGAACAGACAUUGCCUCCAGAUGUGGGUUUCAGUGAUGACGAAGAGGCUGCUGAUGUUGUGGAGACAGAUGGUGGAGCUGCAAAAGCAUCUGUGGAUGUUCCUGAAACUGUGGCUGAAUCCUUGAGUAUACUGGAACAGCAUGAUGAACAGGAUGCUGCCUCUGGACAGGGAACAAGAAAAAUCAACAUAAGGGUUCAGCUGGACAGGGGAUACAACAAAAUAUGCAAGCUGUUGGUAAAAGAAAUAAGUCUCAGAAGAGAAAGCGUAACUGAGAGUGGGGGGGAGGCUUCCACGCUUCCAGAACUGCAGGACACAGCUAAGAUACCAAGUACUCCUGAAGUCAGCAGUGCCCCUAUUACAAUCACACUGGAUGAUUCAGAUGAUGAGCCGCUUAUCAUUCAUAGACCAAAGAGGAAGUGUUUCUCUCUUGAGGCAAGUCCUCUGCGAGCUCGAGCCAAAGAAUCAAGGACAAAAUUAAGCAGGAGAGCAAAGCCAUCCGCUAAAAAGUCUCUGGAUGUUAAAGGAUCUUGUGAAAACAUGGAUCACGAACCAAUGGACACUGGCAUGUGUAGCACAACUGAGGGCAGCAGAGAUUGCGAAAGACACAAUUUGAAUACAAAUUCUGUCCGUGGUACAAUUUCGAAAGCAUUUGAUAUUGUAGCAGAGCAGCAAGAUCCACAGUGCGUUAAUGAUAGUCCUCAGCUUUUGAAUACUUUGUCGGACAGCAGCCAGGUCCAAGAAUCGAUGACAGACAUUUUUAACAGAAACACAGAGCAGUCAUUGACUGUAGAUGAUGCAUCACAGAACACACUGGUGCCGACCUGCGAGGAUGAUGAAGUGGACACACCCACACUUUCCCCCAAGCAAACCGCUGUGAAGGAGAAGAGGUCACUCUUAUCGGACUCGGAUUCAAGUGACUCUGACACUUGCAAGACACCAAGGUCUGUUAAGAAGGGUGUUAAGGCUGCAAGAGGGUUAGCAUCAUUGAAGAAAAAACAGCCAAGCAAAGAAACUGCCGACAGUCCUAUUGUAAUUUCCUCAUCAAAGUCUUUAUCAGGGAAGGUGGCAGAGUUCAGGGAUGAAGACGGAGUGACGUCUCAGUCGACCACAUCACAGAGAUGUCCAACUACAAAGCAGCAACUGUCUCUGACAGAUUCUGAAUGUGUCGGUCCCACUCCCUCUGACGUACCUCGUGCUGAACAAGAAUCCCGGACCAAAACUCAGAAGAAGAAAGAUUCUGCAGUGAUGAAGAAGCAUGUGCUGUCAAGUGACACUGAAGAUGAUGCAUCGGUUGAUUCUUCAGAUUGUAAACUCUCAGAAUCUGCUAGGGAAAGGAAUGAACCUAAACAGAGACAGAAAGGAGAUUGUGGUUCACAGGUUAGUGUGGCUCUGAUUCAGCCAACCACUGAUGGUAAGGCUAAAUCCAAAAGAAGGACCAAACACGUAUUGUCAAGUGAUGAUGAAGAUGAAGCUACAACAGUUGAGUCUUCUAGUUGUGAACACUCAGGAAGGUCCAGGGCAGAAAGGAAUGGACGGAAACAAAGUCGCAGAGGUAAAAUAAACCUCCCCACAGUUCAGUCCUCUGUUGAGGGUAAGGUUGAUGAUGACAUUGUAGUACUGGAUCGACUCAGGUCAGCCCGCAGCCAGGACGGAGGAUUCCAGUUCUGA